AUGAAUAAUCAUUUCUUAAUAACUAUUUUUAUUAAAUUCAAAAAAAUGCCUGGAAUUGUAAUGGAUCAGAAUACUGGAUCAACUAUUGGCACUACACCACAUGGUCGAUGGAUUGAUCAACAACAAUAUCUUGUUGAAACAUAUCGUCAGAUUCGUACCAACUUAGGUCAAUUAGAAGCUGAAAUAGAAGCUGCACGUCUAAGAGUCACUGACUGGACACGACUAAGACGACAUCCUAGCCGUAGUCGUAGUCUUAGUCAUGCGAGUGUUUCAACUACUGCAAGUAGCCUACUAAGUUGUAGUACAUUUGAAAGUGGUGCAACAGAUGCUUCAUUCUUAAAUGUUGCAACAGAUGGUACUACUGGAUCAUCGUGUCAUUCGUCUUGUUCAUCAACAUGCGGUAUUCAACUUCCUUCAGAAAUUGCAGCUAAAUUAAGUGCAGCUACAUUAAUUUCAGCGUUUUUAGCUGCAAGCCAUGAUUUCACUCAAGAUAAAAUUCUAGAUCCUACUGUUUCAGAUCAAUUAGAACAAGAACCGGUUAGAGCUCGUACACCAGAUCAAUGUUCAUCAUCUAGCAGAUCUCCUUCUGGUAGAUCAAUCUCUCCUUCAUCUCGAUAA